UGCAUUCUGGUGGCCGUGAGAUAAACUACACUGCAUUCUGACCCGGUGGUAUUAAUUAUUUCACUGUAUUGGUGGAAAACUAACGCAUUUAUUCUUCUCACGUUUUUUAAAAUGAAAAUAAAAUUAUAAUUAUAUAGUUCUAUAAUUCUAAUAAAAUAUCGCAACGCUUUUAAACGUUUUCGAGAACGCAACACAGCCGUCUACGCUCUGACGUCACUGUAGGGCGCAGAGGAUUAUGGGUAAACACUAACGGAAGAAAGAUGGCGGAGGUGACAGUUGAGGUGAGCUGUAGACUGCUACGACAGGAGCAUUGAAUCAUGUUUUCUCUCUGAUGGCUGGAAACAGAAGAUCUUGACUUCAUCCUGUAGAGGAUCAGACAGCAGCAUGGCAGAUGAGAACGAGAAACCUGCUGUUGCUCCUCCAGUGUUUGUGUUUCAGAAAGAUAAAGCACAAAAGAGGUCAGCAGAGGGAUCCAGCACAGAGGAUGGAGAGGACUCUGAUACGGCUGAUGGCAAUUACAGCCCUGCAGCCAAAAGAGGAAGAACAUCACCACUUACGCAGUUUCCACCAACUCAUUCCGUUUCUAAGAAUAAUGUUUUCAUGCCAUCCAGUUUCUGCCAGUCACCAACCGAAAACUCAGACUCAGAACCUGAAGAGAAAACUGUGGGGUUUCGCCUGAAACCCCCGACUCUGAUCCAUGGCCAGGCGCCGAGCACUGGUGUCCCGAGCCCGAAACCCAAAGAAGCCCAGCGCAGCAUCCUGCGACCUCCAGUGCUGCAGCCCCCUCCGGCUCGAUCCCCUCCACAGAACAACACGAGCGACAGCAGUUCAAACGGAGCGAAGAACCUCUCAGAUGGAGGAGCAGAAUGUGAACGUAACUCAGAGACGUCUGCUGCUGGCACACAGGAUAAUGACGUGUCAUCGGUAAAGAGCAACAGCACUUUUGGGCACAAAACAGAAGACAAAACUGAAGGUGCCCCAGUUGAGACCAGUUUUGUGUUUGGACAGAAUAUGAGGGACAGAGCAAAGGUGGCCAACAGCUGUGUCUCAUCCAAAAGUGGCGAUUCAGAGGAAACAAAUUACUUUUUGCAGCAUGUCACUUCCAGUGCACAAAAACCUGACAGCAGCAAUGCCAGCAGCGUGAAGUUUGUCUUUGGGCAGAACAUGUUGGAUCGUGUCUUGGCACUGCCAAAAUUCAGCACUGAACCUCCAGGGGGCAGCAAAGAGCCUCAGUCAGAGAUGGGCCUGUUCAGCCAGAUUUCCUCCUCACACGAUCAAACCGUGGAGAAGAGUGACAACAUGAAAGAGUCUCUGGAAGAGUCGGCGGCGCGACACGAAGCACACAAACCGCACAAGUGUUUAUUAGAGCAGGUGGAGGUCAGGACAGGAGAGGAGUCUGAGAGCAAUGUGCUGCAGAUGCAGUGUAAGUUGUUUGUGUUUGAGAUGACGUCUCAGUCAUGGGUGGAGAGAGGAUGUGGAGUGCUUCGGCUCAAUGACAUGGCGUCCGCUGAGGACGGCACCUUACAGUCCAGACUGGUCAUGCGGACUCAGGGAAGUCUUCGAGUGAUCCUCAACACUAAGCUUUGGCCUCAGAUGCAAGUGGAUAAAGCCAGUGAGAAGAGUCUCAGAAUAACAGCCAUGGACACAGAGGAGCAGGGCGUCAAAGUCUUCCUCAUAUCUUCCAGCUCUAAGGACGCUGCGCAGCUCUUUGCAGCCCUGCACCAUCGUAUCCUGGCGCUGCGGAGCAUCAGCGGACAGGAGUGUGACGGCCAGCCAGCCAUCCGCUUCAGCGACGACGACGAGUCCCGCACGCCCCCCACAGCAGCCACGCUUGCUCCAGGUAAUCCAGAGGCAGGUGUGUGUCCAUCCACUGGUGACACAUAGUGCUGAGCCUGCUGCUGAUAUUUAUCCCACAAUGCCUCUCUGCAGCCCUCUGAUCCCCGUAAAUACUAUGCAGGUGUUUUUUCUCCAAACUCCUUCGGGUGUACUGUAGUCAUGUGUUCAGCUGGUUUUAUUGAUUGCAUUUUAACAGCAAAACAGCUCAUCUUCAGGACUGGACACAUAACACUCUCAAUGUCAUCAUAUUGAUGAAAAUGAAAGGCUCUUAGUUUUUUAGUAAAUCGAUUUUCCGUUCUUAAUGUGAGAGUUAAUUACUCCAUUCCCUUCUAAGUGGAAACAGAGUGCGCACAGAGUUAACAGAAACCUAACACAGAUGUUUGUUGUCCCAUCUCAUCUUCCAUCACAGUUCUGCUCAGUUUCAGCUGUGUUGUUAAAAUCAUCCGUCACUUUCUCACUUUAGAUCUUUAGAAUUUACUCGUAUAGUGCUGUAGAACAGUACAAUAUUAAAAGAGAGCUGAUCGUC